CAUGAAUAAGUUCAUUACCAUUGCUUUGAUUGCCUUAGUAAGUGUAUAAGCCUUGGAUAUUGAUUUCGCACUCCUCUUAUAGGUAUGAAUUAUGAAUAAAUUAAAAGACAGGAUCACAAUCUAAUGAUGCUGUUUAAGCUGUCUAUGAUUUAUUGAACGAUUUGAAAACCAGCAACAUUGAAGCUUAAGGUGUUGCAGACGAAAAGAACAUUUCUGAUGAAGAAAUCGGAUAAGGAAGAAUUGCUGCUCUUUCUAAAGUUAAUGAAUUAAAUCAAAAAGCUUGGGCAAGUGCUAAGGCUAGAAGAGAAUAAAUUGGUGUUGAAUAUAGAGUAUUUUGAUUUAAUAAAUUUCAGGAAGCAACAGACUACAUUGCAUGGGCAACAUAAAGAUUAGCUGAUAUUGAUAGAAGAGAAGUUGAACUUGAAGAAUUGAGAUGUUUCUCAAAUGGAUUGUUUGUAAGAGCUAUUAAAUAACAUAAUGAUGCUAUAGGAGUCAUCAAAAUAUUGAAGAAUGAUUUAAGGUAUGGUUUAACUAUUAAUAUCUAGCGGUUAUUUAACAGGAGCUCCAUCUUCAAUGGUUGAAUUGAAGGUUGAAAAUGUAGCUGAUAAAUUGAAAUAAUACAGUCAAUUAUUCAAUCAAGAUGCCAUGUCCAAAUUUGCUUAAUUGGCUGCUGAAUAAGCUUCUGGAAAUGCUGAAUUACAUGCAUUAGGAGAAUCUGAUGCUUCUACAGGUGGAGAUAGAUAACCAGGAGUUAACGUUGGAUAAUUAGUUUAUAACGCUUUGAGUGACUUAGAAGAUCAAUUAAAAUCAGCACUUGCUGCCUUAGAAUAAAAUGAAAUAGCUGGAUAUUAUCAAUUAGCUGAUUGGUUGGCUGACUCAGAAGCUGAAAAAGCUCACCUUUAAGAUGAAAUUCAAAGAAAAACUUAACUCUAAGAUAAGUUAGUAGUGGUAAUAUUUUUCCUUUAUUUUUUUAGUAAGAAUAAGCUGCUCUUGCUGUCUAAGCCAAGGCCAAUUCAGUCUUAAAAGAUUCAUAGAAUGCCAUUAAUGCUGCAACUGCAACUCUAUAAGAAUUGAGAGAUCUUUAUGAAACUGAACUUAAUAGAAGAAAUGGUAAUUCAUAAUUUUAUUAUUUUAGAGGAAAAUGCUAUUAUUGAUGAGGUCAUUCACAUCUUUAAAUAGUAAGUCUUAGAAAUGGCUAACUAAACCUCCUUUGGCAAAAAGUGAUU